AUGGCAUCUCCUGAACAACAAAUGGACUCUCUGCGAGAGAGUCUUAGCCGCGUUAUCCUUGAUCAACUUGCGGAAACGCUGCGGGAUUAUCCGUCAGGUAGCCUAUCUAAUCCGGUCCUCCGUUUUGAAGCUUUUAUUCAGGAUGGUGAGACGGAGACACAGGGGCGAUCACCCCGCUCUCCAGUCGUUUCGAAAAUGGUCGACUUGUCCGGCAUCAUAUCACAAAGCGCAACACAUAGCCCGAAUACGAGUAAUCUCGGAAGAGAAGCAUCUCAAGCUGCAACGCCACCUACCCACCAUAGCGGACAGACAGUAACUGAGGACGGCGGUGCAUCGAGCAGCAACCAGGCGCUGGUGCAUCUUCCAGCACGACGGGCACCGUCCCAAAUUCCGCCAUCUCCCGAAAACAGCGCAGCCGGACCGUCCAGUUCGCGGAGAAAAGGGAACGGCGCUUUACGGCCUAUCAAAGGAGCCGGUCGAGUGUUGGAGGAAGAACCGGAAACCCAGCGGCAGAUGCAAGUUACGAAUAGUUUCCCUAAGCGUGCGAAGAUCCAAGCAGACGUAGUGUUUACUCCCCAGCAGUCGUCCAUCGAAAAGUUUGUGAUGAGCGUCUGGGAGCAAAUACACGGCGGCAUCAGCCUGGAUCCGCAGAGCCUACUGGAACAGUGGCAACUUACAGCCACGGCGGCGACGGCAACCAUCAACAACGCCGGCAAGAUCCACGUCCCCGAGCAGCUUGAGCUUGGCCUCCUUCAGGCGCCUACGGCAGUGGACGGCACGAUGUCUGAGGUGGAUGUGGAGGGGACCUUCAACCGCAGCAACAUCUUUUGCCGCAAAGUCACGCAGGCAAGUCGGGCGUGCCGCUCGAUCGAGGUCAUUGUUCAAGCACGCUGGAUCGAACACUUUGACUCGUACGUCGAGGUGCUCGCUAUUACGAACCCGGGUAUGUCGCCGACAAAACGCAGAAAGGCCGCCUUGAUCGAGGCGUGCAACGAUUUUGGGUGGUCCGAGAAGGAGUUGCGUAACAAGAUGGCCAUCUGGCGCGGGUACAAAGAGAUCAAGGACGCCGGCGGUUGGGCCGCGCUCGUUUUCGCCGGCAUGGGCCUAUACCGCUUUUGCAAGUACCGCGUCGGCUUUAACCCAGACAGCAUGCAACGGCUCCGGUCUCUUCGGCCAAGAAUCGAGGUCGCCGCGGACACUCUGCAUCCCACGUGGCGGCAGUUGCUUAUGAUUGUGGGCGAGCCGUCUCAACGACGUUUCUGCGGACACCCGCACGACUGGGUGGUUCGGCAAGACGGUUCAGAUCCGGUGCCGCUGCGUUCGACAUAUCUCGAAUACGAUCCGUAUUUCAGCUUUGAGCAGCUGGAACACUCGGUUAUGGACAUGAGCGCUUGGGGGACUGACGAUCCGCGAUGGGUGCCUCCGAUCAAUGCUGUGGCUUGCGUUCAGGGCAUGCACACGUGUCACUCAUGUGGCCAGGAGCAGUCAGAGGACCCCAAGGUUAACUCUUGUUAUUGUUUCCCGACUCUUUUUGGGUCCGGGCGGAGAAGCCCUUGCCCGGUGCAAGUCUUCCGGACGGCAGAUGGACGCAACAACGGGUUGAUGGCACUUUGCCCGUUCGAACGCGGCGCCGCCAUAGGCGAGUUCGUCGGGCUGGUCACCAAAGACCUUCGAGACAUGGACGUCAUGGACAGUUCUACGGGCGUCCGAGCAUACCAGAUCUGGCAAGGUCGGCAGGGCAACUUUACGAGGUUUGUCAACCACAGCUGCAAAUCCAACGCGCAGUUUCAGCAGUUCGUAUGGAUGAGCACGCAACGCAUAAUCUUGGUCAGUAAGGGCAUCGAGGCGGGACAGGAGGUGACAGUGGACUAUUCCGGGAGCUACUGGCGUGGGUUGGACAAGGAGUGCCUGUGUGGGGAGACAUGUUGCCGCUAUAGGAAUAACCGCGAGCUGAGAUGA